ACGACGACGACGACGACGACGACGACGACGACGGCGACGACGACGACCACGACGAACACGACAAGGACGAGGACGACGUCGACGAAGACGUCGACGGCGGCGGUGGUGGCAGCUACGACUUAAGCGACGUUCUCCGUCGCGUACCCCGCAUCAUCCUAUUCUCUGUUCGUAAUCAUAUCUGGAUUUCAUUAUCGGGGAUUUCGUAUCGUAAGGAAAAAUCAUGUGACUUGGUCUACUCCAGGGAUUGCCGAAUAAAACAACGCAACGACGAAAAGGCCCGAAGCAAGGCCAAUAAUUGUAAAAUGUCUGGAUUCGCGUCGGCGAGUCUUGUGGCCUUCAAUUCCUUCAAGUCUAAAGCAUCGGAAAAACUUUCUGGAUUCAGAAGGAGUAAUGCCGGCUACGAGGAAUUUGAAAUGCCUCCAGAGGCAAGCAAAGACAACAGAGGGUUCGAGGAUGAGCGGGGAUACAGUGGACAAGCGUCUUUCGAUUCGCUUCCAGAACCAGAAAGACCACCAUUACGACAUAUCGAUACUUACUGCAAACCGGAAUUACCCUGUUUGUCUAAGAGAUACACCGUCGCCGUAUUGGCUUGUUUAGGAUUCGUCAUCUCGUUUGGCAUGAGGUGUAACAUGGGAAUGGCAAAACUGGUGAUGAAGAACACGACCGAAGAGGGCGAGCAAUUAAAGUUCAAUUGGACGGUCGGCACGGAAAGUGCCAUGGACUCGUCCUUCUUUUGGGGUUAUCUUAUAACUCAAGUCCCGGGUGGAUUUCUAGCCUCCCUUUAUCCCGCAAAUAGAAUAUUUGGUGCGGCUAUAGCGAUAUCUUCAUUUCUGAAUCUCCUCGUGCCUGGUGCUCUCAAGGUCGAUCCGAUCGUCGAUAUGAUCGUCCAAGCAUUGAAAGGUUUUGUCGAGGGCGUUACAUAUCCAGCCUGUCAUGGUAUUUGGAAAUUUUGGGCGCCACCACUCGAAAGAUCACGACUGGCCACCUUGGCAUUUUGCGGAUCGUACGCCGCGAUGGUAAUAGGAAUGCCGCUUUCCGGUUUAUUGAGCAAUUGGUUCGGUUGGACGGCGUCCUUUUACUUUUACGGUAAAUGUUUCGAUAAUAAAUUUCCUAUUGUCAAAGAAUCCCGUCAACGUAACUUAAGCGAAAUAAUAAUUUUAGGCAUCGCCGGUUUAAUUUGGUACUGUUUCUGGCUUUGGCUGGCUUUUGAGAAACCAUCGAAGCAUCCUUCGAUUUCUGCGAAGGAGCUUCGAUAUAUUGAGGAUUCGUUGGGUCAAGGGCAAGUUCAGGCACCGAUACCUACGUUCUCCACGACCCCAUGGAAGAAAUUUUUUACGUCGAUGCCGGUCCACGCGAUCAUCGUCGCCAACUUUUGCAGAUCCUGGAACUUUUACCUCUUGGUCCUUUUUCAAGCUCGCUUCAUACACGAGGCCUUCAAUAUAUCUCUCGUCGAAACUGGCAUGGUCGGUUCGAUCCCACACUUGAUGAUGACAUUUAUCGUCCCGUGUGGGGGUUUGUUGGCCGAUUAUCUUCGUAGACGUGGGAUCAUGUCGACGACAAACGUUAGGAAGCUCUUCAAUUGCGGCGGCUUCGGCAUGGAGGCUAUCUUUUUCUUGGUAGUCGCGAACGCAACCAUGCACAAGGACGCUACGGCGGCGAAUUUUGCUCUCAUUUUUGGCGUUGCCUGCAGUGGCUUCGCCAUUUCCGGCUUCAACGUUAAUCAUUUGGACAUCGCACCGAAAUACGCGAGCAUCCUGAUGGGCAUGUCAAACGGCAUAGGUACGAUAGCCGGCCUUCUGGUACCGUUUUUCGUCGAUUACAUCACGAAAAAUAAGGCUGCCGAAGAGUGGAGAAACGUAUUCAUCAUUGCCGCCUGCGUUCAUUUCUUCGGUGUCAUAUUUUACGGGAUAUUUUGUUCCGGCGAAUUGCAACCCUGGGCCGAUUCCACGAUCGAAGAACAAAAGAGUUGGAAUCCUAUGGACGAGCUUAGUCAGGCGAAACCACCUGCUGUACCACCGCCCCCGGCGACGAUGCAGUCCGAAUUUAUUAAACAACCGUCCCUCGGCGAUGCCGCCGACGAUUGGAACAAUUAUUCUCAACCGUCGAUGAUCGCCGAUCAUACGUACGGCCAACAACAAGAUAAAACACCCGUUAUAAAUUACGGAUCGACGGAGACAAACAGUAACAAUCCAUUUCACUCGACGAAUCCGUUUGCGACGGAUCUAAACGCGACUUUGGUCCAACCGCCUGCCAGAGACGAUUAUACGCACGACGUUACGCAGAAUCAAUGGAAUUGAAAUUGAUUUCUUCGCGCUAUUCGCGUACUGAAAGUACGAGUAAAGAAAAAGAAAUGGGAGGAUGGAGCUGAGCGAGGAAAGUAUUCUUCCGUUUCCGAAUGUUUAUUUUUUGUUUCAUUUGUUAAUCCCCGCUUGAAUGUCUUCAUCUUGCGCAUUCGCCCGUCGGCGCAAAAACGCGACGUAAUGAGAGGCCGACACGUAUUUGUUUCCAGAGAAAAAGGAAAAAAACAAAAAAAAACAAAAACAAAA